GAGUCGAAGGAGGAGGAGGAAAAAAAACUCUACGGGUCAGCUCUUUGCCAGUUGGUGGUGGAGCCGGCGAGCUGCUGCUGCUGCCGGUAGUGGUGGUAUAUCAUCCAGCUCUAGAAGAAAGAAAGAACCCACACUCAGGCAUCUGCUUCCCUCGGCUGUUGGAGGGGCCGGGGAUCGGAGGACGGGGGCGGGGAGCGUCAGCGGAUCGGGAUCCAUCAUCCUUGCACUGAUGGCUCCUCUCGGCUGGGCCGGAGCCUCCUCCUACCACGAGCUCUGCUGCUAUGGGGCAGGAAUUGCAGGGAACAUCUUUGCAUUCGUGCUCUUCGUCUCCCCGCUGCCGACAUUCAGGAGGAUCGUCCGGAAUGGGUCGACGGAGCAGUUCUCGGCCAUGCCCUACAUCUACUCGCUACUCAACUGCCUCAUCUGCGUAUGGUACGCCCUCCCCUUCGUCUCCUACGGCGUCGUCCUAGUCGCCACCGUCAACACCAUCGGCGCAGCAUUCCAGCUCGCGUACACCGCGGUAUUCAUCGCCUACGCUGACGCCAAGAAGAGGCUGAAGGUGUCCAUGCUGCUCCUGGGCGUCUUCUGCGCAUUCGGCCUCAUUGUGUAUGUCAGUAUGGCAAUGUUCGAUCACAAACCUCGCCAGACAUUCGUCGGCUAUCUCAGCGUCGCGUCCCUCAUUUGCAUGUUCGCGUCCCCUUUGUCAAUCAUCAAUUUGGUGAUCAAGACGAAGAGCGUCGAGUACAUGCCCUUCUACUUGUCACUGUCCAUGUCCCUGAUGAGCGUGUCAUUUUUCGCAUAUGGAAUGCUGCUGGAUGAUUUCUUCAUAUAUAUUCCGAAUGGGAUUGGGACUGUCUUGGGCGUCAUACAGUUGUUGCUAUAUGCCUACUUCAGAAAAGGGUCGACAGACGAAGCCAGACGGCCAUUACUAGUCACACAUACAUGAGCAUGGAAGAGUAGAAGAUGGAUGGUUCAUAGGGCAUGUACAGUCAUCACUGUAAGCCUGCCUGCAGCAGUUGCCACCAGAAUUCAGAAGAGAAACUUGACCUGUCUCUGGCGAUAUCAAUUUGUGGAAGUCUGGGUCAAGGUUCUCUCAAUCUGUCAAAAUCCGGGUCAGUUCUCUCAGUUUCUCGAAGUCCAGGCCGAGGUUCUCACAGUUUGCUCAAGUCCAGGUCGAGGUUCUCUGAAUGCAUUCUAUGUCUCGUGGUUUCUCCAAAUUAUUCUGCUCAUGUAAAAAGCUAGUGACAGGUUUGCUGUGUAUUUAUUGUUGGUAAGCUUACCCCGUGUAAGGCCAGAGUAAUUUGUUUAUAUAACGCUGUGUACAGUUACCCAGCAUGCAUUAUUUUUGAUUGCUUACCACGUGUAUCACGUGGUCCCUUUAUGCAUUA